AUGGCCAAUAAAAGAGUUCCGCGAGCUCCGUUACAGCCUAUCACUUCGUGGACUAAACCAGAUGUUGCUUUUCAUACCCUUCAUAUGGAUGUGUUAGGCCCAUUGCAAGAGUCGAACGGUUAUAAGCACGUCAUGGUGGUGGUUGAUGCCUUCUCCAAAUACUGUCUUUUGUAUCCCAUGCGUAAAAAAGACCUUGAAGAGUUAAAGCAAGUAUUUAAAAAUGUUGUUUCUUUAUUUGGUACCCCGUCUCUCUUGGUUACUGACAGAGGUCGUAUGUUCGAAUCCACUCAUUUUGUCAAAUGGAUUAACGAAUUAGGGUGCUCAAUACAUCAUAUUACACCCGAAAUGCACCACGCCAAUGGCCAGGUUGAAAGAUAUAUCCGUACCUUACUUAACAUGUUGCGGAUAGAGGUAAAUCACAAGAAAAGCGAGUGGUCUGAGGAGUUAUGGCGCCUGCAACUUGUGCUUAAUAUCACUCGACAGAAGACUACUCAAGCAUCUCCGUUGAACCUCUUAUUAGGUACCGAGGGCACUACUCCUGCAAUACAAGCUUUGGUUCGCGAUGUCACUGUAGACUGUUCGAGUUCUGAUAGAUAG